AUGGGUCGAGUGUUCAUCGGCAAUUUUGGUGGUCAAGGCAUACUAUACGGCUGCAAAUCAUGCGGUAUCUAUUUAACGUCGCAUGGCGAACUCACGAGCCCCAAUUUUAAUGGCAGCACCGGGCCCGCAAUGCUGUUCAAACGGGUUUGGAAUGUAUAUACAGGGGCUCUGGAGAAACGAAAAAUGACAACUGGAUGGCAUGUGGUGCGUGAUGUCUCAUGCCUUAAUUGCAAGGCGCGUAUUGGAUGGAUGUACGAAAUGGCGUAUGAAACACAUCAAGAAUACAAAGAAGGCCAAUAUAUUCUGGAAUGCGAGCUCAUUUCACGUGAGCACGCAUUUUCAGAUCCUCUAGGAGCUGAUAAGAUAAGAAAUUCCAGCGAAGCGAAGCCGCCGGUUAUAAAUUUCGAGCGUCCGCCUGGUCGUGUGCGUCGAAUGCCGUCGGUUCCGACCGAAUCCGACAACGUCAGCACCGACAGCGAGAACGAUUAUGAGAUGCGUCGGCAUCAGGAUCGCAGAAAUUUUGUCUCAUUCUUCACUGGAAGGCCAUAA